GUUGGAGACAAAAGGAAUUAACUUAUCAUCUCAUUUAACUUAAAAGGGAUAGGCUAUUGAGCAUUUGCAACUGUCAAAAAGUUACUAUUUUUGGGUUGUUUUGCGCAUUUGCUCAUAGUCAUAACUGAAAUGCACUGGAAAAGUGAAAAGAAACAGGAAUGUUGCAACGUUGUUGAUGAGAAUGAAAACGGUUCCAUGUUGACGUCUAAAGAUGGGGGCACAACAGUUGAAGUUUUGGAUGAAGAUUUAUGCUCCCUCGGCUCAUCCUCCCCGUCGCUGCGGGCGAUGGCAUCUGCACCUCUGUUGGGUAGAACUGUUUGUGCAAGUUGCAGUGAGGAAAUUGUGGAUAAAUACCUGCUGAAGGUUAACGACUUGUGCUGGCAUGUGCGUUGUCUCUCCUGUAGCGUUUGCCAAACACCGCUUGGCAGUCAUACAAGUUGUUACAUCAAAGACAAAGAGGUCUUCUGCAAAUUUGACUACUUUAGAAGAUAUGGAACAUGGUGCGCGUGCUGCGGCCGAAAUAUACACUCUACGGACUGGGUCCGCCGGGCGAAGGGAAACGUGUACCACCUGGCGUGUUUCGCCUGUUUCUCCUGUAAGAGGCAGUUGUCUACGGGGGAAGAGUUUGCCCUGGUGGAGGAGAAGGUGCUGUGUCGUGUCCAUUACGACUGUAUGCUGGACAACCUGAAAUGUGCCCUGGAGAAAGGAAGUGGUGUGAACCUAGAGGGGGCAAUGCCAACAGAACAGGAAGUGAAUCAGCCCAAGCCGUCGAAGAGAGCGCGCACCAGCUUCACCGCUGACCAAUUACAGGUGAUGCAGGCCCAGUUUGCCCAGGACAACAACCCAAAUGCCCAGACCCUGCAGAAGCUGGCAGAGCAGACAGGCCUGAGUAGGAGAGUCAUACAGGUUUGGUUCCAGAACUGCAGAGCACGCCAUAAGAAGCACUCCUCAGACACCCCCCUGUCCUCCCUGCAGCCCGGCUGCCACUCCCAGCCCACCCCAGCCCCAGAGGAGCUGCAGUACACAGGCUACGGCACCCCAGAAGGAUCCAUGCUCACUGUGCUGCACUCCUACAUAGAUGUGCACUCUCCUCAGUGUAAGCUGUUCCAGCCCCUGCUGUCCCUCCACACCAUGACCUCCCAGCCUGUGACCCAGGCCUGAGCCCCCCCACACACACACACACACACACCUCAGUCUAGCAGGUUUAAUUCACUGUAACAUUGCUAAGUUACACUAAGUUCCAUGUUAGAAUACUUCAACAUAUCUGUGAAAAACUUUUUUUGUGUCUGAAAGGAGACUGAGAUGUUAUCUGGUGGAUUUGUGUGUUUCUCUGGCCCCAUACACACUUAAGUUGUAAAACAAUGCACUUGGCACAACGGUUGUGAUGCAACAAAGAGAUUUUCAAAAAGGUUAAAAAAGAAAUAAUUACACAAGCAUUGUGGAGACACCACAGAAUGGUUUGCCUAAACAUUUUUGUGCAGGCAGACUCUCUGUUGUAUCACAGAAAAUAUGAGUUGUAUCACAACUAUUGUGUCAAGUACGUUGUACAGCAGUUGAACAAGCAGAGUGUGUGCGGGGCCUUUGUGUUCUUAUUGCAAGGUGUCACAGUUUGAUGCUGGUCUUUGAUCUAAAGUGGAAAACUAGACUGCCUUUGACAAGCCAUUGUGAAGUUUAUCUUAAAUUACGAAUUAUUUGUACAUCAGUAUUUUAACUAUUGUUGUUUAAUUUAUUUAUUGUAU